GAAAAUGAGGACGCUAGAAGAGGUGCGGGCCACGCUGGAGAUCGCCAAGCUAAAAGAAGAAGACUUACAGCCGACAGUCCGCUGUUUGUCGUUCGGCGAGAACGUCUCCUCUGCAGACUACUGCCUGAUGGAGCUGGACGACACUCUGUGCAGACACGUCGAAGCUGGCGACACUCUUGUAAUACGGGGGGAUAAAGAUGAGCGUGCAGUACUUUGCAGCAGAAACAAGACCUACGAUCUAAAAGUAGCCAACACUUCUAACCUGCUGCUGUUCGUACCCAGAUGCAACACAGCAGACAGGCUGACGAGCAGUCAGGACAGGCUCCAUGUGCAGCACGCUCAGAUCUGGGGGUUUUGCAACAGCUACUGGGAACUGAGAAAACAGCGGCCAAAGCUGAAGAAGCUGAAGAAGCUUUUGAUGGAAAAUCCAUAUGAAGGCCCUCCAUUAGGGGGACAAGUGGAAGUCACAGAGAACAGGUACACAAUGCAGGAUCUACUGGAGAGGAUCCAGGCCAGUGAGGAGGAGAUAAAGGACCACUUGGAGACCAUCCAUGCCUGUCAAAUAGACGGAUUCUGGCGUGUGCUCGACUUUGACUAUGAGAUGAAGCUGCUCGGUCACGUCACUCAGCUGGUGGACUCUGAGUCGUGGUCCUUCAACAGGGUCCCCCUUCAAACCAGUCUGGAGGAGCUGGCUCCCCUGGAGCCAAAAGAAAUGGUCGAGCACUGUCUGGGAUGCUACGGAAAACGCUUCACUGAAAACGACAAGGUGUUUUAUGUGCUGCAUGAGGAUAAGGUCUGUCUGGCCCUGGCCCUGAUGCUGCUGCAGAAGGCUGUCAAGUUCAACCUGAAGGAGUUUCAGGAAGUCUGGCAGCAGAGCGUCCCAGAGGGCAUGAGUACAAGGCUGGACCAGCUAAAGGGCGUCGCUCUGGUGGACCGCACCUCCCACCCAGAAACCAUCAGUCUGCUGCAGGUGGAGGACCUCCCAGAGGAUACGCUGGAGCGCUUCAACUACCUCUUCACACUCAGAGAGAAAUGGACAGAAGAGGACAUUACACCAUACAUACAAGACCUUUGUGGAGAGAAACAGACAACUGGAGCCCUCCUGACCAAAUAUGCUCGAUCGUCGACACAAAACGGAGUAAAGGUCUUCAACUCCAGAAGACCAGUGGCCACAUGAGCACGUCAGCUGUUGAACUGGAUUCACAUUUGGAAAUUUAUUGCGUCAUGUUUGUUUUUGUUCUAUUUCACAAUAUUGAACUCGGAUUACGUAAAAUGUUAUUUGUUAGCUUA